AUCAUUAUGUUUAGGUAAUAAAAAUUGUGGACUAUCACGAGUCAUAAAUCGUAUAUUUUUGCUAUAAUAUCUUGUAAAUAUAAUUUUACAGCUACAGUUUAGCUAUUUUAGCUAUCUGAAGUCAAUUUUACUGCUUGGAUAUUGCCUUAGUGCAGUUUUCUUUACAUUUUACAGUUUGUUUGCACGUUAGUUAUUUAAUAGAUGAUUACAUUUGUACUGUUUCCAAUUUACGAAAUCAGUAAAAGGACGACUUUUAUAUCAAACAGACAAAAGAUUAACACCAUUAUAUACCUUUGACUAAUCGAUAUCGUCUUCAAUAUGAAAUUGAAAGAAAUGUUUCACAGGAGACAAGGAAAACCAGGACGUGGAAUGAAGGCGCUUGUUUUGGUUGUUCCUUUGCUGGCCGCGUUGACAGCAAUAGUUUCCGGAUUGAAUUUCACUUUGUCAAAGUCACGAGUUAUAGUAGGAACUACAGGAAAGCUAUUCAUGAUAUGCCAGGUUACAGAAACAGACGUUAAAGUAUUCUAUAACAUACAGAUACGGCGAGAAACAAAUUCCGGAUGGCAGACAAUUGCACUUAUCGAAGCAGGUACUAAAGUCCCAGAAUUAGAUAAAGGCUUUUUCAAUGACAAGGAAUUUGUUGUUGGUGGUAAUCUGGAUGCAGAAAAACCAUUUAACACUCAUUUAACUUUAGAAAUGAAUAUUGAAAAGAUAACCUAUGAUGAUGCCAGAGUAUAUGGAUGUGAGUUGGCGUAUAAAAGCAGAAUUUCUGACAGCUCUCGCUCAAGUUACAGAUGUGCCACGCUUAUGAUUGAUGACAACACACAGCAAAAUUCCAGAAGUGACAAUGGAAACUCAGCGUUGACUGUUGGUGCAAUUUUAGGAGUAACAAAUAUCUUGACAGCAGUCUAUGCAGCUUAUCUUACAGUGGUAAUAAUAAGGUCACGGACAAUGUCGUUUGACGAUAGAUGCUUAUGCCACGGAAGACGUGAACCUGAACAUACAGCAACUGUUGCCAAACAGAGUCUGGCAUUUGAUCAACAAACUUACUCUUUAAACGACGAUAAAGACACUUAUGGUUUAUCAAAAUAAGCUGAGCUAAGAAAGUGUUAUACGCAGGUCAUUAUCAUUUUUUUCACAUAGUUAUCCAAACCUUACAUUUUUGUUUUACUUUUACUCAUUUUGUCUUUGAUGAGCGAAUAUUUUCAGAAAGAACUUACUGUAACUGCAGCAAAAAUAAAUUUGAACGUCUGGAAUUAAACUUUUAGAAAGUCUAGCCACCAGUUCAGUUUCUAUCUAACUACAAAGCUUAAUUAUGAUUUUGUUAAAGAUGGACUCUUGUACACC